CGCCCGCACACGCUUGCACACUGCAGACUUGCACACCUACGCGUGCUUACAUGCCUGCACACAGCUGCAUAUCCAGUCUUUCCCCGGGCAAUGCUGUCCCAUCACAAUAGGUUGUGAGCCCCAUAUGUAACAUUAAGUUUUCUGUUAGCUGUACUAAAAUGGUAAAAAGGUCAGGUGAAGAUCAUUUUAGUUUUAACAUACGUGUUGCAUACACAAUACGAAUAUAUAUAUACAUACGUCUUAAAGUGGGCUUCACACUCAACACGGGGCUUGAACUCAUCACCCUGAGAUCAAGAGUCGCAUGUUCUACUGACUGAGCCAGCCAAGUGCCCCAAGAACAUAUUUUGUUUAACCCAGUCGAUCCAGAAUAUUACCACUUCAAUGUCACGUGCAACGUACGAUGCUUAGUGAGAUCUUUCACAUUCUUUUUUCGUAUGAAGUCCUGUAAUCCAGUGUGGGUUUCAUUACACCCGUGGUGCAGUGCAAUUCCGACCAGUCACAUGGCAGGAAAGGGGGGGGGGGUUGCUCCGGGGUCAGACGGCUCGGCUCCAGAGAGCCACCUGACCACAUCCCGCGGCAGAGCUGACGUGCAGAGGAGUCGCCAGCUACAGGAGGUCGAGCAGGCACUGGGGACCCGGCAGCUCUGUGUCCAGAUUCACGCGAGUCUCUUCACUGAAGCCUGUGCCGUGUCCCAGCCUCCCCACCAUCCCUGGACACCCCUAGCCUCUCAAACCUCCCUGUCACAAGCUGCAUGGUGGUUCCCAAAAAGUAGAUCUAAGUUCAUGAAUGCAAGCUUAUUCAGAGAAAGAGUCUUGGUGGAUAUAAUCAAGUUACAGACCUCAAGAUCGUAAUGGAUUAUGCAAGUGGGCCCGAAUCCAGGGAGCAGUGUAACUUACAAGAGACAGAAGGACAGAGACACAGGGGAGAAGGCCGUGGGAAGACAGAGGAAGAGAGUGGGGUGACGUGGCCACUAGGAGAGCCAGGGGCUGGACCAGGCAGGAGGGUCCUUCCCUGAAGCCUUGGGGAGGAAGGAGAAGGGCCCUGGGACGCUGGUCUCUAGAACUACAAGAGAAUAAACUUCUGUUGUUUUAAGCUCCCUUGUGGCGGUCACUGGUUACACUAGCACAGCCAUCGGCCUAAGUAAAUGGGGCAGGUGGGGACCUCACCCCAGGGCCAGCUGUAGGGACCGAGAUGCAGGGAGGAAGCAGGAUAAAAGCAUGGUCAGUUCAACACGCGGCUGUGCACAGACAUGCAUGGGUCCUCUGCCCCCCGGGUGCCCCUUCGAUGGCAGCAAAAUGACAAAGGUGAAGGAGCCCAGGGCCAGGAGAACACAAGGGACAGAGACAGCAGCAGGAGCAAGGAUCCAACGUGGCCUGGGAGAGUGAUAGGUGGAGGGUGGAGCAGGGGGAGCCCCAGAGGGCCAGAAGUGCGGCAGCGUCCUGGGCAGCAGCCUAUGGCCAGUAACCAAUGGAGGUCCAAGGUCAAGGUCCCCAAGGCUCCAGGGGGAGGACCCUUCCUGCCUCAUCCGGCCCCUGGCUCUCCUGGUGGCCACGUCACCCCAGUCUCUGCCUCCGUCUUCCCAUGGCCUCCCCCCCGUGUAUUCCCCUCUUCUGUCUCUUCUAAGGACACCCUAAUUCAGCAUGGGCCCAUCGCCAGAUCCUUAAUGACACCCGCAAGGGUCUUUUUUCCAUACAGACUCCCAUUCACAGGCACAAGGCAAUUCACAGAGUUAGGACUCAGACCUACCAUUUCGGGCACCACCAUGCAGCCCACCACACAACCUACACCCCACAAUAAGUUAAGACGUCUCCCAACCCCGUCCUCUGCCUUAUCCAGAGGAGAGAGAUGGGCCUCAUGGGACUAGCACCCUGGGCCCCACCGCAGACCUGGCCCCGGGGGCUCCCUGGCCCUGGCUGGGCCCUGUCCUGUUUCCACUUCUCUUUGGUGGGAACACGAGUCCGUGUGUCCCUGCUAAAGCCAUCACCUCCGUCUGCCUCUGAGCCAGCCAGGCCAGGGCUGUCACCCAAAAGAAUUAUUUUCGGGAGAAACUGUUUGCCUCUGUUUUUAAGCUCGUGUCCUUGGGACACGUGACCAUGUCCCCAGAGCUCGCCGGCUGGCGGACAGAUGCUUUGCACGAAGGUGGUGGAGGGAGGAAGCUCGCUCCCGUGGCACUCGGGCAGGGCUGUGGGUGGCGAAGGAGCACACAGCAGACGGCCUCGCCCUGUGCGCAUCUUCAGGAUGGGCGGCCCGAGGACAACCCUGUCUGUCUUCCUUAUUUUUGCGCCUGUGUAUCUGCAUGGGGUUUUGUCGCGGGAAGCCGGCCCUGCAGCGCAAAGAAAACCAUUUUUCGAGAGGCUCCGCAGACUAGAAGAGCAGUUUCGGAGGCUCCAAGAGGUGACCCUCACACACCUGCGGGGCCUUGCCAGCAACUACAACCUGUCCUACGACAUUGACACUCGGUUCCAGAGCCUGGCCCUGGAGACCCAGGCCGUGGCCCUGGCCGUGAACCGGUCACAGGCCGCCGUGCAGGGCGACCUGAGCCGCCUCAAGAACUGGAUGCAGAAGUCACAGCGCAGGAGCCGGAAGCUGGACUCCAGGCUGCUGGCCUUGGACUCCGUCCUAAGUGACAGGGACAGACAGCUGGCCCAGGCGGGGAAGGAGCGGGAGGCACAGGGGGAUGGCCUCGCCAGCCUUGGCCUGGCCCUGCGGGCCCUACAGGACACGGUGGCCGGCCUCACGCACCUGGUGCAGAGCCAGGGCGCCAGGCUGGCUGCUCUCGAGGGACGGCUGCAGGUGGCCGGUCCUGGCGCCGUGGCCCCGGGGCCGACUCCGGCCCUGCCCCCACCCCCGCCCCCGCCCCUGCCCCUGCCCCAGCUGGGGCUGCCAAGCCUAGGCUCCCCGAAGCUGCAGAGGGGCGGGCAGGCGCUCAGAGCUCCGCCUGAGCCCGGGGACCCACCUCAGGACUUCGCCAGCCAUCUCCAGGGGACACGGGAGCCACAAGGCCCAGGCAGCCAGCGGACACGGCCGCCCGGGAGACCAGGAGAGACCUGCAACAUGGGCCCCGUGCUCGUCUUCCCCAACGCCUCCACCCAGAACGUCGCCUUCCUGAGCCCCGGCUUCCCCUCAGGCCUGCGGGCCCUGUCUGUCUGCAGCUGGGUCCGCGUGGCCUCGGGCCACCUGGGCACCCUGCUCUCCUACGCCACCGAGGAGAAUGACAACAAGCUCGUGCUGCACGGCAGGGACUCCCUGGUCCCUGGCUCUGUCCACUUCGUGAUCGGAGACCCGGCCUUCAGGGAGCUGCCCCUGCAGCCACUGCUGGACGGCCGGUGGCACCACGUGUGUGUCAUCUGGACGUCCACGCUGGGCAGGUACCGGCUCCACGUAGACCGCAGGCUAGUGGCCACCGGCUCCCGCUUCAGGGAGGGCUACGAGAUCCCUCCAGGGGGGUCCCUUGUGCUGGGCCAGGAGCAAGACAGCGUGGGGGGUGGGUUCGACAGCUCCGAGGCCUUCGUGGGGAGCGUGGCGGGCCUGGCCAUAUGGGACCGGGCGCUGGUCCCCGGGGAGGUGGCAAGCCUCGCCACGGGGCGGGGGCUCCCUCCGGGCGCUAUCCUCACGCUGGACGACGCCCACCGGGUGGGCGGAUUCGUGCAGAGGGUGAACUGCAGCUGCCUGGCGCUCUGUCCCUGAGGCUUUGUUCUCGGGCUGGACGGGGACAGCCUGAGCAGCACCAGCCACCUGUCCCCCGGCCCCAGCACCCUCCCCCCCCCCAUAGAGGGCCCCCUCCCGGACUGGGGAGGGGACAGGGCAGCGUGGAGGGAGGGGGGGGGGCGGACCACCGGGCAGAGCGGGGCUCUGGGAGGAUGGCAGGCAGGGACAGAAUGGGCUGUGACACCAUGCCAGCCGGGCCCCACCUGCCAGCAGAGAGCGCAGGACUCCAGUGGAGACUCUCUGGGCUGGGGCUGCCGGUGGAGAACCCCAUGUUCCUGGAAACAGUGUGGGUGCAUUUGAACUACCGUGGGCCUCUCUAAGGCGGCUUAUGAAAGAGUCCUUCUGGGCUGUCCUUGCUCCCGUGUCCCUCGUGGAGAGGACCAGGGAUCCAUUUCCUGCCCCAGGGCUCCACUGACCUAUGCCGGGUACCCUGGGGGUUCCCUUAAGGUGCUGUGGUGGCUGGUGAGGCUGCCAGAGCCGUCGGGACAGGGGACCCACAAAGGGAGCAGGCUAUUCAGGCACGAACGGCAGCCUCGCCGGACCCUCACCGGAGCGCGUGUCACCAAGUUCACCCGUGUCACGGGCGCAGUUCAAAGAUGAUCAGCGAGUUUACCGAGCUGGGCAACCGUCACUGCGUUCCACUUUGAGGGGGUUUCCACGGCCCCUCACCCGCAAACCAUGCCUGUACGUGGUCGCUCCUGCCGCCCCAGCCGCCGCGACCACGGAGCGGCUCCCCGUCUCGGCCGACCUGCCUGGACGUCGGACAUCUCUCGUGAUGGAAUCCCACUCCGUGUCUGCCUCUGCCGCUGAGCCCCCCGGCCUCGCCCACGAGGCAGCACGUCAGGCACCCGUCCUCUGCUGUGCCCGCCCCCACCAGCUGAUGGGCACUGGGGUUGUGUCCAGGCUUCGGCUUCAGCGAAUAAAGCUGCUCCGGGCAUUGU